AUGGCUGAUGGAGGGGAAGUCCUACUGAGAAGAGGGGGAGAAAGGCACAACACAACCAGGUUUGUGAAAGGUACCAAUGCAAAGAAGCCACCGAACUUCGAAGGAACAGGGGUCAUCGCCCUGUUCAAGCAUCCGCUCUCCAUCUUCAUGAUCUGCGUCCCUUUCGGCAUCUGGUCCUACUUCUUCAAGUGGGAUCCCGCCUACACGUUUUGGCUGAACUUCUUCGCAAUGCUUCCGAUGGCCAAAAUCUUGGGAGACAUCACGGAGGAGCUGGCAGCCGGCUUGAGGAACGACCUUCUCGCCGGCCUGAUCAACGCCACUUUCGGGAAUGCGGUGGAGAUGGUCAUCACGGUGCAGACGCUGCGCGGCGGCCUCUAUGCGGUGGUGAAAGCGACGCUUCUAGGCUCUGUUCUGUCAAACGUGCUGCUGGUGCUGGGGAUGUCCUUCCUCUUCGGGGGCUUAGUGAAUGUCACCGGGAAGACAGAAGAGCAAGCAAAGGUGAAGGAUGCAGAAUCCCUGGAGAAGGAAGCCACAGGAGGCUACAGCGUGGUUGCCGAGAAGGUGCAGACCUUCAAAAUCCUUGGAGCCAUGGUGAAUACCUCGAUGCUCUUGCUGUCGUGCCUUUCGUUCACUCUGGUGACGGUGUUCGGUACGAUGCUGGAAGACCAUUACAAGAUGGAUCACAGUGACCUCGAAGAGGUGAUGCUGCCAAUCUCUCGGACAUGUUCCAUCAUCAUUGUCUCUGCCUAUGUCGCGUAUAUCGUUUUCCAGCUGUUCACGCACCGUACCGUUAUGGCGGAAGGAGGCGACGGCGACGACGAGGAGGAGGAAAGUUCAAUAUCUGUGACCACAGCAGCCGUACUUCUGUUCGCAAUGACAGCAGUUGUCGCUUUCUGUUCGGAGCUACUAGUAGAUUCCAUUGAGAGCAUGACGGCGCGGGCGCACAUGGGUGAGCACUUCAUCGGAAUCAUUCUCUUGCCCAUUGUGGGCAAUGCAUGCGAGCACGCUGCCGCCGUGCGCUUUGCCAUGCAGGACAAGCCUGGUCUAUCGAUCGGGAUCGCAGUUGGCUCUUCCACGCAAAUAGCACUUUUCGUAGUCCCCUUCUCUGUCCUCGUGGGGUGGGCCAUCGACAAGCCGAUGGACUUGAACUUCGGGGCCCUCAACGUCACGGUGAUGACGCUCAGCGUCAUAGUUGUCCUUUCCAUGGUGGUGGAUGGCCAGUCCAACUGGCUGCAAGGCUACUUGCUCUGCGCAGCCUACGCCGUCAUAGCUGUUUUGUUUUGGUAUGUGCCAAACUCUACAUCCAUCUGA